AGAGAGAGAGAGAGAGAGAGAGAGAGAGAGAGAGAGAGGAAAGCGUGCACAGAGAGUGAGUGGAAAAAUAAGAGGGGGUGUUAAAAAAAAGAAACACUGCAUUUACAGAAAAGCACCCAGACACUAUAGAUAUAGACUUUUUCUAACCGGAUAUGGUAUGUUUUGACCGUCAAAAUGACGUGGUGCAGCUCCGUAACGCCACCAAAUUAAUUAGUAAUUUAACAAGUAGUGUUCAGGGGCUGGAGCCCUGAGAUACACACAGUUGGGGCCCGGGGAGAGACACAGCCAGAGAGACACACGGCUGGGGCCCGGAGAGACACACGGCUGGGGCCCUGAGAGACACGCGGACAGAGAGACACACGGCUGGGGCCCGGAGAGACACGGUCAGAGAAACACACGGCUGGGGCCCGGAGAGACACGCGGCUGGGGCCCGGAGAGACACGAGGACAGAGUACAAAGGGACACACAGGCAGAGUGCGGAGAGACAAGCAGCUGGAGCCCGGAGAGACACACGGACAGAGUCCGGGGAGACACACCGAUAAACUUCUCUUACUCCUCGGCUGGUGGACCAUAAGAGCGGCUUCCAGUUGAAACCCAUGAGGAAGCGAGCAGAAGUGGAGUAGAGCAGAAGUGGAGUAGAGCAGAAGUGGAGUAGAGCAGAAGUGGAGUAGAGCAGAAGUGGAGUAGAGCAGAAGUGGAGUAGAGCAGAAGUGGAGUAGAGCAGAAGUGGAGUAGAGCAGAAGUGGAGUAGAGCAGAAGUGGAGUAGAGCAGAAGUGGAGUAGAGCAGAAGUGGAGUAGAGCAGAAGUGGAGUAGAGCAGAAGUGGAGUAGAGCAGAAGUGGAGUAGAGCAGAGGAGGUGGACCGAACGGAGCUACACGGGAAAGUUAACGAGGAGUUUGUGUUCCUGGUGUUCGCGCAUCCAGGUUUGAGAAAAGCAUGAAGACCCCGCGGGAUUCGGGUUGUCCACAUGCAGUACUAUAAGCUGGAUGUCCUGGUCACUACAUAAAGCCCAAUCAGUAACACUUUAACAGGGUUUGCCUUCCCAGACUGGGCGUACAAGCCGGAGUCGAGCCCAGGCUCCAGACAGAUCCAGCUCUGGCAUUUCAUCCUGGAGCUGCUCAGGAAGGAGGAGUACCAUGAUGUCAUUGCCUGGCAGGGCGACUACGGUGAGUUUGUCAUCAAGGACCCGGAUGAGGUUGCACGACUGUGGGGAGCCCGUAAGUGCAAACCUCAGAUGAACUACGACAAACUGAGCCGAGCUCUAAGAUACUACUACAAUAAAAGGAUCCUGCACAAGACAAAAGGGAAAAGGUUCACCUAUAAGUUUAAUUUCAACAAGCUUGUGCUAGUCAACUACCCCUUCAUUGACAUGGGGUCUGCAGGUUCCAGUGUGCCUCAGAGUGCUCCUCCGGUCCCAUCAGGUGUAGGAACCCACUUUCGUUUCCCUCCCUCAACUCCAUCUGAUGUUCUCUCCCCGAACGGUGAAGAGUUGCGCAGUCCUGGUGUGUUCACCAGUGUGGCACGGCGGGCAGCACGUGGGUCUGUAUCCGAUUGCAGCGAUGGCACCUCUGUAGCCUCAGAGCUGGAAGAGGUGGGCAUGACUGGCAGUGAUGAGCGUCCUGCAGAGCGAGCCUUCAGAUCUCUAUUCUUGCCACAUCAUCCGCGACUCACUCACGACUCUCUGUUCCGCAUGUAUGGAGUUCCUCCCCCAGGCGCAGUACACUAUCCUGCCUCACCUCUGCCUGGUGCCCCCCUGCUGCCCCCACAGCUCUCACCUGCACUGUCCAUGACUUCAACCCCCAGCUCACACCUUCCCUAUACACCCUCACCAUCACUGGCAUCACCCAUGCCCGGGUCACACUUCUCAUUCAGCCCCGAAGACAUGAAGCGCUAUCUGCAAGCACAUGCACAGAGUGUCUACAACUACCACCUCAGUCCGCGCGCCUUCCCACACUACCCCAGCAUUGUUGUGCCCCAGCCCAAGCGUCCUGAUAAGGGCAUGGCAGGGCCAACAGCAGGCACACACUUUGUUGCUCACCCACUGCACCAUCAGCAGCCUGAAGAUCCACAUCCCUCACCUUAUAAAUUCAAGCUUCAGCCCCCCCCGCUGGGCCGAAAGCACCGUGAUGGCCCGCCCCCUACAUCAGCAGGACUCUCGGGCACUUCUGGUACUCCCUACACAGGCUUGGGUGAGUGCGGUUCUGCCACGGGGCAGGGUUUCAAUUCUUCAUCUUCUGGACUGACCAGCAGUGCUUCUGGUGGACCACCAAAAAUCAAGGUUGAGUCGGUCUCAGACAUUGAAUCAGAGGAAGAAGUGGAGGUCACCGAUAUAAGUGAAGAUGAUGACAACUGUGAUGUCUUUGCUCCAUCACACUGCAACGGCCGUCCUGCCCUUCUGCCCUACCCUGAUGGGAUCAUGGAUAAUGAAGAGGAUGAGCUUGAGGAAGACCUGUUUAAGACCCCAGCAGCACCCUCUUCUGGAACUAUUAGUGGCAUUGCUGCUGCGGUUGGCAUGACUUUGCCAGGCCUCAAAACUGAACCCAGAGAGGGAAGUCCCAGCAGCCCCGGUGGCACCCAGUGCAUCCCACUUAAACUGCGUUUCAAGCGCCGCUGGAGUGAGGACCAGCGAAUGGAGGCAGAAACUGAGGAGGCUGAAGACAAAAAGAGUCGUGCUGAAAAGGAGGAACCCUCAGCCCAAGAAGCUCAAUCUCAGAAGGUGAUGCCAGUUGAAGAGGGAAGGAGCGGAGGGAGCUUGGCUGCUCCUCUGGGUGCAGGCCUGAGGAGGGUGAGCUCUGAGCUCCAGAAAGCAACAGCACAACUGUCUUUAGAAAACAAUGGGUGCUAAGGUGAUAAUUGUACAUUGUGUUGCAUGUAAGAUGUUGUGCACCGAGCUGUGCUUACCUGUGUGCUGUGUGUACACACCUUAAGACUCAAUGAAUGAAAGGAUAAAUCUAUAUGCAGUAACUCCUAGCUGUUUUCUACACAUGCACACAAUCACAGCUUCACUCUUGUUGAAGUGCUGAGACACUACAAAUGACCAAUACUGACUGUUAAUCCUCUGCAGAAUGAUUUAAUGAGGCCUGUUUCUGCACCCACCCAGGCUGCUUAUUUCUCACUUAUCACUUCUUUAUAAACUUCUGCUAGUUACAUUAAAGGGAGGAACAUCGAUGCCUCACGACCAGAUUAAAAAAGUGCCCGAAACUGUGGUCAUUCAUACAGAUCAGUGAAUAAAUGAGAGGUGACAACCUUCAUAUUGAGAAAGGACCUUUCCCACCUCAAGAUGUAGUGCUUAUGACGCAUUAGACAUACAAAAAUUAUCUGAUGAUGACUCUUCAUCCCCCCACCAUUUAAAUUAGGAACGAUCUUCUGUCAGCAUGACAUGCUUAAAUAAGACUCCAGUCCUAGGAGGGACACUUGCAGAACAAGUUUGCCUUUUGCGCCCCAAAAUAGUACCUUUUCUGUCACUUCACAUCUACAUACUAACUGCUCAACACCAUCUUCUGAUGCUCUUGAGGUCCAGAAGUGUAUUUCAGAAAAGGUAUAGGGGAGCACAUCUCUCCACAGUCCUGUUCACUCAGCCUCUGCUGGGGGUAAAAAGGGACCACUUGACCCUCCACUGAUACACAGCUGUGGUGUGGACUAGAUUUUAGUAUCCGUACUAUUUAAAGCUUGACAUUAAUGCCUGUGACCAAGUAUGACUGUAUAUAAUGACUCCUUCGCCCCUUUUUCUUCACUAUAACACUGAAAAAGAGCCUUUUAGCUUGUUUAGUUGGUCAUGCUGGUCGAAAAUCUCAGACAUACAUUAGCAAGACCUAAUCUCCACUCUGUGGGUCCAUGAAGCCUUUAACAAAAAGAAUUUAGAAAGUUAGACUGUGCCUUUUCUGUUCAAGCACAUUUGCUUACCUUUUCUUAAAAAAUGCUCCCAAAUCAAAACAAAGCCCAUAUUUUGCUGUUUUUGCUAUAAAUAUAUAUGUAUAUAUUUGAUACAGAUUAUCUAUCUCCAAAAUUGGGAAUAGAUUUGAUGAUUCUAUUUUUAAAGAUAUUUCAGAGACACGACUUUUUUGAGAAUGGUUAGGAUUGAUAGUGUUAUUAAAGUAAAUACUGUAACUGAUUGUACCUUAAGCCUUGAUGUUUUAUGAUCAUUGCUCAGAUACACAUGAUCAGAUGCAGAACGCAGGGUAAAGGCAGCAUUACUUCAUGCAAGUUGAACAAGUUGUCAGCUCUACCCUCUGCCACCUUGGGGCAUAACAUGAGCAGAUUCUUGUGAUAGACCUGCUGUCAGUGGCAUUGAGGUUCUGCUUGAGCAGGAGGAAGUGAUGCAGGAGCUGAGCUCAGGACAUAAAGCAGGUCAACGGCAAAAAAAUCAUUCUAUGGCAGUACAAAAUUUAGCCACAAUCUCCUUUAUUGCUUUAUCUCUCUUUUGUGGUUUAUCGGUACAAGUGCAUUGCACCAGCUCUACCAUACAGCUGCCUUACUUCAUACUUGUAUAAAAAAAAGUGCAUAUAUUUUUCAUAUCUUAUUAUAGUCCUUGCUGUUUUUAUUAUAUCUAGACAUCAUGUAUUAUUUUUUUAAACAGUGAUAUUACUGAUAUUUUGUACCCUUUCUCGAAACCUUAAACUUCUUAAAGUUAUUACAAAGUGUAUUCCAAAUUCAUACUGGCGGUUUCUUGCUUUGUAUCUUUGCUGGUUUUAAUCAUUUAAAAGCCAGGUAAAGGGAUGGGGGAACAUUAUGCUAUCACAUUAUUUGUAUCUAAAUAUAUUCUUUUUUUUUUGUGUGUGUGUGUGUACAUAUUUUUUGCAUUUUGGUGGACUGGGCAACAAUGAAGAGAUUUCUUUAUUUGAAUAAGGCAUCUCUUUCUUUUCUGCACAUUUCUGUACAAGUAUUCGUUCAUCUUUUCCUCGCACCCACACUUAUACUCUCAGCAGUUAUGUUUAACACUCUAAAGAAGAUAUGUAACUUGACCUUGUGAGGAAAUGUACUCUAGGUUCUCCUGUAAACUGUAAUCAGGGUUCAUUAAAAACAGGUAAACAUGAA